AACAAUCGAUUCAACCAGUAACCAAUAACUUCGCUUAUCUGCAUUCACGUGUUAGAAAAUAAGGUUAUGUCACGCGUGACGAAGGUAAGAAAUACAUACUGGGUUGUUGUUUUGAAAUUUAUUACAGUGAAUUUUAAACAUUAAAUGUUUAUAACUGUUUUAUAAUUGUUAAUAAUAACAUACCCGAAUAAACGGUAAGGCAGUUUGCUAAAUUUAUUUGAUAAAAUACUAUAAUUACGUUUAUAUUACAAUUUUUAAAAACUGUAAAAGUACGUAUUUUAAAACCAAUAUUGUUUAUUUACGAAUAAACAUUAACAAUAGUAAUCAAACUGAUAACUUUUAAUUAUUUAAAACCAUAAAGGCUUUCAACAUUUUUAAAUCAUGACUCGAUAUGCAAGAGCUAAAGGUUCAAAAGCUUCAAAUGAAAGAAUACCCAAUGAAGCUACACCAUGGCAUGUAAUGAAACAACAAUUAAUUGAAAAUUUAUCAAAAAAAGAAGAAUCUAUUGGAGAAACAAAAACUGUUAAAGAAUUGCUGGGUGACACACAAAAUACAACUACUACUAAUAACGUUGAAAAUGCUAAUAGUUCAUGGGCAGAAUUUCCAAACAAUUCUGAAAUAAAACAUAAUGUAAUGAUGCAUAAAGUACAGAAAAAGCAAAAGACUAUUAGCAAAGAUAAUCCUGCAGCAGAAAUAAACAGUAAGGAACACCAAGAAGAUGUAUAUCAAUAUAAUACAAGUAACAAUAAGAAAAGAAAAAAAGAUAAACGCAAUACAUUAGAAAUUAAGGAAAAUAAUAUUGAUGCAGUAAUCAAUAUGAAUGAAUCACAAAAUGAAAAUGAUAUACCUUCCAAACGCCAAAAACGCAAUAUGAAGAAAAGAAAUUUGAAUGAAAGUGUAUCCAAAACCACAGAAAAUGAUAACAAUGAUAGUAUUGAACCAGAAAAUACAAAUAAUAACAAGAAUGGAAAUAAAGAAAUUAAUAAACCACAAAAAAGUUUUAAUACAAACUUUCCAGUUAAGUCACAGAACUUCAAGAAUAUUCCAAAUAAGUUUGGUAUGAAAAAGAUUAACAAUCAGAAAAGGAAGAGGAAACCACCUAAAAUUCGGGAUGAUAAGGAACACAAAAGAAGAAAGCCAGACGUAGCCCCUUCAAAAAUAACCAUUAACGGUGUAGAAUUAGAAAUUGUGAAAUUUGACGGGUUUCCAGUCAAAAAAGAAGAUGCAGAUAGACUAAGUGAUUUAAAACAGAAAAUGAUCAUGAAAGGUAUUCCACAAAAAGAAAUAAAUGCAGCAAUGAAACUGGAAAGGAGAAAAGCUGAAAAAGCACUAGCUAGAAUUAGAAAAUGUGUAUGUUUUCAUUGUCGUAAAUCUGGACAUAAUUUAUCUGAUUGUCCUGAACUUGGAUCAGAACAAGCAGGAACUGGAAUCUGUUUUAAAUGUGGAUCAACAGAACAUACUCAUUUCGAGUGUAAAGUAGCUAAGCCAAUGGAAUUCAGAUAUGCAACUUGUUUCAUUUGUCGCGAACAAGGACACAUUGCUAAACAAUGCCCUGAUAAUCCUAAAGGAAUUUAUCCUCAAGGAGGAGCUUGUAAAAUUUGUGGAGAUGUUACACAUUUGAAGAAGGACUGUCCGGAUUUGAUUAAAGGAAAGGAAGAAAAUACCAUUACAGUAAAUACAAUUGCAAAUGGUAAUUUAGAAUCCCUAGGAGGGGACAUAAAUAGCAUAGAUGAAAAAGAUAAUAAAAAGACUAAAAAAAUAGUGAAAUUUUAAUAAGUACUUAAAAUAGAAAUAAAUACACGUAUUUUUAUGUAUAAUGUAAACUUUUUGUAUAUAAUUCAAUGCUUGCUAUGUAAACGUAAGAUUUAUUGAAAGGUACAUGUGUCUGACAUGUAUAUACAUACAUUAUCUUCAUACAUAUACUUUAACAUUAUUUAAACCACCAUCAUGAAAAAUCUGAUAUCAAAUAACAUAUAAUAUCAUUACAAUUUAUGUAUUAUCUAUUUACAUUAUAUUGGAAUUUUUAAAUCAGUUAAAACUUUUUACAUA